UGUCAGUCACUCCAUCUUUGAGAGGCUGAAAAACAACAUCUUCUGCCAAGUGUGAGGAGGAGAACUUGUCUGUCUAGAGAUACAUGGGGUGGAGUCAGAAGAGUGUGUUUGUGUUGGAGGUAGAUGAGAGCGUACCUGCUACUGAAGGUGAUUCUGCAUGCAUUGUCGGACUUCACAGCAGAGGAUCUUGCCAUGGAUAGUGACUUUGGACGCUUGACAGAAAUGGAUGCAAUUCGCACUCUGAGUGCACUACAGACCGAUGCAAGUGCGCUGGAGAUGCAAGAGCAAACGCGGAUUUGUCCUCAGCUGAAGCUCCAGGCCAUGAGAGGCUUCCUGGAGCGAGUCGGCAUCACAGCAGAGGAUCUGGACCAUCUCAAUAUCAUUCAUGUGGCGGGAACAAAGGGAAAGGGCUCAACAUGUGCCUUCACUGAGCGGAUAUUGAGAGGUUACGGCUACCGCACAGGAUUUAACAGUUCCCCACAUUUGGUCGAAGUCCGGGAGAGGAUUCGAAUCAACGGACAGCCCAUUGGAAAAGAGCUCUUCACUAAAUACUUCUGGCAGGUUUAUAGACGGCUGGAAGACACUAAGGACACCCAUGGAGGGAUGAUGCCGCUGUGCUUCCCUUUUCUCACCGCUUUGGCCUUCCAUGUGUUUAUUCAAGAGAAGGUAGGUGUAGUUAUACUUGAAGUUGGGAUUGGUGGAGCAUAUGACUGCUCCAACAUUAUAAAGAGGCCGUGGGUGUGCGGUAUCGCCUCUCUGGAUAUAGACCACACUGAGAUUCUUGGAGACACCAUUGCAAAGAUCGCCUGGCACAAAGGAGGAAUCUUCAAGCCGGGGGUUCCCGCCUUCACUGUCCAACAGCCAGAAGAUGGGUUGGCUGUGCUCAGGGACAGAGCUGAACUGAUAAGAUGUCCUCUGAGGGUCUGUCCGGAGCUGGAGGACUACCAGGCAGACUGUGGACCUUUGUAUCUGGGCCUGGCAGGGAAGCACCAGCACUUCAAUGCCUCCCUGGCCCUCCAGCUGAGUCACACUUGGCUGCAGAGAAGAUGUCUACCAGAAAGCUUAACCUCCACCAGUGUUGAGAACGCAGGGCUACUUCAGCUGACUUUCUUCAAGCCCAGCCCCAUCAUGGUGAAAGGGCUGGCGGACACACAGUGGCCUGGAAGGACUCAGAUCCUGAAACACGGAGCAGUCACCUUCUUCCUGGAUGGAGCUCACACAAUGCGCAGCAUCCAGGCCUGUGCAGCCUGGUUCAGAGAGACUUCAGCCCAGCACCAAAAGAAUGCAAGAGGACGUGUGGCCAGAGUUUUGAUGUUCAGUAUCAAAAGAGAGAGAGACUCAGCAGCCAUGCUUAAACUACUGGUGCCGUGUCAUUUUGACUUUGCUGUGUUUUGCGGUUUUGCCUGUAAUGCAGACCAUACUGUCUCAGCAGAAGACAGGUUGCAACGUUGUUUGGACAUGGAGAGGAGCUGGCAUCUCCACAGCAGUGGGUGGGAUAACAAAGGUACACAGCUGCUCUCCGAGGACAGCCUGCUCCCGCUCCCUGAAAAGAAAGGAGACACCCUGGUCUUCCCCUGCACCCAGAGCGCCCUCCAGUGGAUCACUCAGGGCAGGGAAGCUGCUCCGCUCUGUGAUGCAGCCGAGAUCCAUGUGCUCACCACCGGAAGCCUCUACCUGGUGGGUGGAGUACUUAAACAAUUCGACCCAGCUUUCUCCAAAUAAUUGGACCAUGUGAAAUAAUUGAGUUUAAAUAAUGGAUGGUUGCUCUGCUUAUUUACAUGAAGGAGUAAGUUAAAGAAUAAGUUUUCUGUUUUUUACUAAUUUGGAACCUUUCACAAUCUGUUUUUCAAAUUAAAGCUAUUUUGCAUGAUUUAUACUUUUAUAUUGUAAACAUCCUAGAAAACCUGGAAAUUGAUUCAAAUUACCAAAUAUCUUGGAAAUUAA